AUGCAACAAGCGCAAGACGCUACCGAGUGGCGCUUUGAUCCAGCUAUGGCACGCGUGAUUGAUGUCGCAUCGCUGGCUAAGGCACGCGUCCUUGUGCCAUAUGGUCUGGCGUCAACCCUAGCGUUCAUUGCUAUGAUAUACAAAGCACGCCGUGAAUAUAUGGACGAAGCUAUGGCAGCUGCAUGGGUCGCUAAUAGCAACGGCUGCAUGGCGAUUAUGUUCAACUUUAUUGCCUUUGUACUGAUUGGAAGCGGUAGAGUACUGCAAAUGGUCUUGCUGGGCCGGCUCCGCCGUCAGGAAUUAGAUACACUUCGUGAAGCGAUUGGCAUUGAGCUUUUCGACAUGAUGGUAACUCUGACGAUGGUGUUUUAUAAGUUCGAUAUUCGCUAUUUGAUGCUUGCAGGCGUUCUUAUGAUGCACAGCAUGUUCCAGCGACUUUGUUCAGCGCGUAUGGACUCUAUGAAUCAGGUUCCAACGGUUCCCCGCCAUUGGCAUGUGCGCAUGGCGUUCCUGUUCACCUAUCUCCAAUCCAACCUGACUGUAUUGGUACCUGCCAUGAUUCUGUUCCUUUUGCAAAAUGCGGGACCGGGUAAUGUGAUGAUCUUGUUUGCUACGGAUGGCAUUAUAUACCAAAUCCACUUACUUGCUCUGAUGGCACUCUAUGCAUGCACUUUCUACGAACUACAGCAACAAGAGCCCUGGGAAGCGAAAAGCAAGUUUGUUUCGCUUAUUGAGUUUCUUCGGGAUUUGGCUAUGUUUCUUGCCUAUCCUGUCUGCUAUGGCCUCGCCCUUCGUACAGCAUCUACAUCCGGCGCGAGUCCGACGAUGACGCCGCUGCAGACGCUCCUCCAGCGGUUCAAACAGGAGAGCAACGUGAGGCAAGCUUCCACAGAACACACUCAGUCUCCAACAACAGAGUUGAAGUCGCACCCUGUACAGACGGAAUCCACGUUAGAUCCAAGAGAAGCAGUACGACAAGCUACACUGAAGCGAUUUGGCAAUGCGACCUCUGCUGAAACGAUUAAGCGUCAGGAAGAUACCUCUCCAAGCAUGAUACCACUCUUCAACCCUGCUCAAGUACCUAACUAUGCAACAUACUACAUGCCUCGCCUGCCACAUCCUUUGGCAGAAUGGAUUCAACCAUCUGCGACAAAGUCGCAAGCUCCGACCGAAAAUUUGCCCGAAGAAACAGAGACCCGCUUACAGACACAGCUGCGCACCUUGGAAGAAACACAGCAGCUUUUACAGCAUGCCAUGCAUCGUGUCCAAGACGCUCUACAAGACCCGACCUCCCCUGCUACCUCCAAUGGGAAGGGGAAGGAGAAAGCACGCGAAGCUUAUGACCAUUCUGACACCCUGGAAUCCUACAUACAACAUGAAGAGGAUUUGUAA